AUGAUCGUGAAAUUAAAAGCCAAGGCUGACCAUGUCACAGAUUUGAGAGAGACCCUUUUGACACUUAGAAAAUAUGGCAUGAAGCUCAACCCGCAAAAGUGUGUUUUUGGAGUCAAAGGGGGGAAAUGCCUAGGCCUCUUGGUGGAUGAGCGAGGCAUCGAAGCCAACCCUGAUAAAAUCCAAGCUAUACUAGACAUUAAAUCCCCUCAAACCGUGAAACAAGUCCAAAGGCUAACUAGAUGCAUAGCAGCCCUGGGGCGUUUUCUCUCAAGGUCAGCAGACAAGAGCUUGUCAUUUUUCAAAACUCUCAAGGGGAGUUCAUUUCAAUGGGAUGCAGAAGCCGAGGUAGCCUUCCAACAACUCAAGGAUCAUCUAUCCAGCCUACCAAAGCUUGUAUCUCCCCUACCAGGAGAACCCAUAUUCUUAUAUUUGGCCGUGUCUGAAUUAUCACUAAGUGCUGUCUUGGUGGCUGAGCGAGAAAAUACCCAACACCCAGUAUACUUUGUCAGCCAUGCCUACAGAGGAGCCGAGUCCAGGUAUUCUGACACAGAGAAACUUGUGUUAGCCCUCGUAAUGGCCAGCAGAAAGCUCAAGCACUACUUCCAAGCACACCCCAUCAAGGUUCUCACAAGUCAGCCAAUUCAGAAGAUCAUUGAGGGGAAAAAUCACUCAAGUAGAAUGACUGACUGGGCUCAUCAAAUCGUGGACUUCGGAUUAGAAUAUGAGCCAAGAAGGGAAAUCAAAGCUCAAGCCCCGGCAGCCUUCGUUGCUGAAUGUACAAACUGCCCUGAGCAAAGCCUCAAUUCCACACCUUGGAUCCUGAAUGUGGACGGGUCCUCCUCUAAGUCUGGUAGUGGAGCAGGUAUCCUCAUUGUGUGUCCCUCGGGGGGAAGGUUCGAAUAUGUUGUGAAGUUCGAUUUCAACACCUCAAACAAUGAGGCCGAGUAUGAAGCCCUCAUCCUUGUCCUAGAGCUAUGUCAAGUGGCUGGAGCAAACACCAUACAUGCUUUCUCAGACUCACAACUCAUUGUGGGGCAGAUGACGGGAGAGUAUGAGGCCAAGGAGGAUAGCAUGCAGAUGUAUCUAAACAAGGCCAAGAACAUGAGCAAGACACUCGCUGAGUUCAAAAUUCAAUAUGUCCCAAGGGGAGAGAAUACACAGGCAAAUGCCUUGGCAAGGAUGGCUAGCUCGGCUGAAGGGCUUGCUCCUAGAACCAUCAUGUGGGAAGUGCUAAAAGAGCCAAGCAUCAACAAGCCAGCGGUCAACUACCUCGACCGAUCCAACACUUGGAUGAAUCAUAUAGUGGCCUACAAGAGAAGCCAAGAGCUUCCCGAGGAUGAAAAAGAAGCAGCCCAGGUAAAGAAACGUGCUGAAUGGUUCGUGUGGUAUGAAGAAAACUUGUAUAAGAAGUCAUACACACACCCACUCCUCAAGUGCAUUACCCCCGAGGAUGGUGAUUAUGUGCUAAGGGAGAUACACCAAGGGGCGUGUGGAAGUCAUCAAGGGUCUCGAACCACCGCCGGCAAGACACUUAGAGCAUGA